AUGUCGGACGACGCAGCCUUCCCCGACGUGAUCGACCUCAACGUCGGCGGCGUCCUCUACACGACCGCGUUGGCCACCCUGACUGGCCGACCGGUCGGCCGCCUCCACGCAAUGUUCACCGGCCAAGAGCCGGUGGCCAGGGACGCCAAGGGCCGGUUCUUCCUCGACCGGGACGGCGUGCUGUUCCGGUACGUGCUGGACUUUUUGAGGGACGGCAGCGUGGCCCUGCCGGAGUGCUUCAGGGAGCGCGAGAGGUUGAAGCGGGAGGCGGAUAAGUUGGGGUUGGCGGGACUGGCGGAGGCGGCGGCGGGGGACGGGCGGUGCAGGCCGGGGGGAUGCAUCACGGUGGGGUACCGGGGGAGCUUUCAGUUCGGGAAGGACGGGUUGGCGGACGUGAAGUUCAGGAAGCUUUCUAGGAUUUUGAUCUGUGGAAAAGUUGAUCUCUGCCGAAGUGUUUUUGGAGAAACGCUCAAUGAAAGUCGUGAUCCAGACCAUGGUCAAUCAGAACGAUAUACUUCCAGAUUCUUCCUGAAACAUUCCUUCCUCGAGCAAGCGUUCGACAUGCUCAUCGAGCAAGGAUUCAAAAUGGCGGGCAGCUGCGGAUCAGGAACAGCAGGUGGCGCCAAUGCCGAUCUCAAGCCAGGAGUGGAUGCUGAGGAGAACCGUUGGAACCAUUACAACGAGUUCGUUUUCCUGAGAGAAUGA